UAAACAGACACAGAGAGACGUUAGCGGUGUGGAGUGUCCUUUUGGUUUUGCGGCUUUCUGGAAUAUCUGCAAAUAUUUCUGUAAGUGGUGCAGACUACACUUCAUGGAAUCUUGGUUUGGUCGAUUUAAGAUGAUAUCGGAUUAGAUUUAAUUCCUUCGGAUUAGAGGUACCACUUACAAACCCUGUCAGGGUGUAACUCACCCUUUCCCCAGGAACCCAGGCCUGGGACCUGAAUCUCUCGCUAAGGGGACACUGCCCGAACUACAUUACCCAGAAGACAGUGCGCCGUAGUCCAGCGCAGGCCCACGAGAGGGGAGUUUCUCUGCGCGCAGAAGACGUCUGAGCGGCACUUCCGGCAUCCUCCGCUCCAGCGGAUGUUUUGUUGGUUCCUGGGAGGAUCUGCUCGCGCCUGGGUGCUUCUAUGCUUGGUUGAGGACUUGGGAAGUGCGUGAGGAGGCAUCGUCCCAGCUGUUCGGUGCCAGGGUGGUGCUCGGGAAAGUCGUCUUCGCGUCCGCAACCUGGACGUCGGCCUCUCUCGCCGCGCUCCGCCAGCAGAGCCCGAUGGCGGCGGCCGAGCCAAGGGACCCGCUUCAGGGCUGUGUAAUUUCUGAGGGUGUGUUUGUGUACUUCUCCCUGGAAGAAUGGAAGCUACUCGACGAGGCUCAGAGACGCCUGUACCGGGAUGUGAUGCUGGAGAACUUGGCACUUUUAGCUUCCCUGGGUUGUUGGUGUGGAGUUGAGGGUGAGGUUAUAUCCUCUGAACACAAUGAUUCUUUAGAAAGAGUGUCGCAGUGUCACAGGACUCCUAUGGCACAUCUAAAGACCUACUCAUGUGACGUGUCUGACCUAUCUGACCCAGUAUUCAAAGACAUCAGGCACCUGACUGAAAACCAGGGGGGAAAAGCCAGUCCAGAACCACGCACGUGUGAGGCAUGUGGGAAGCCGUUCUGGUUCAGUGCAGACCUUCACCGGCACCAAAAGCAGCAGAGUGGAGAGAAAUUCUUCAGGACGGAUGAGGGCAGGGAUUCCGUGAAAAGCUGCAGAACCUCUGUGCCAGACAAGACCUGCAUACACGGUGAGAGCAGAAUGGACUUGCCAGCCACCUCUGGCCUUCACCACUGGGUCCCUCACAGCAGGAUAAAGCCCCAUAAGAACACUGAGUUUGGGGAAACCCUUAGCGCUGGACAGAAGCAUCACAAGUGUAGUGAAUGUGGGAAAGUAUUCACCCGAAAAGACACACUUGCUAGGCAUCAGAGAAUUCACACUGGAGAAAGGCCCUAUGAGUGCAGCAAAUGUGGGAAAUUCUUUAGCCAAAGCUGUGACCUUUUCAAACACCAGACAAUACACACUGGUGAAAGGCCUUAUGAGUGCAAUGAAUGUGGGAAGUUCUUUAGGCAAAUCUCUGGCCUUAUUGAACACAGGCGCGUUCACACAGGUGAGAGGCUCUAUCAGUGCAGUAAUUGUGGAAAAUUCUUUAGCAGCAAGUCUAAUCUCAUUCGACACCAGGAAGUUCACACAGGAGCAAGGCCUUACGUAUGCAACGAAUGUGGAAAAGAGUUCAACCGCAAACACACGCUGAUCCUGCACCAGAGAACUCACACUGGGGAAAGGCCUUAUGAGUGCAGUGAAUGUGGAAAAUGCUUUAGCCAAAGCUCCCACCUUAAUGUACACUGGCGAAUUCAUAGUAGUGAUUAUGAGUGCAGCAGAUGUGGGAAGGCCUUUAGCUGCAUCUCUAAACUCGUUCAGCACCAGAAAGUUCACUCUGGAGAAAAGCCUUACGAGUGCAGCAAGUGUGGGAAAGCCUUCACCCAAAGGCCAAACCUUAUUCGGCACUGGAAGGUUCAUACUGGAGAGAGGCCUUAUGUAUGCAGUGAUUGUGGGAAAGAGUUCAACCGCAAGCACACACUUGUUCUCCACCAGAGGAUUCACAUUGGAGAAAAGCCGUAAGAGUACAGUGAAUGUGCGAAAUUUUUUAGCCAAUGCUCCCAACUUAUUGUACACUCGAGAAUUCCUAGCAGUGCUUGUGAGUGCGGCAGAUCCCGGACAGCUCUUACCCAAAGAUCGAAGCCUCUUCGGCACACCUAGUCCACACUGGACAAAGGUUUUAGAGUACAGGGAAUGUCCUGUCUCCUUGUUCAACCUAACACCUCUCCCCAGAGUGAAACUCUGAGUGUAGGCUUUGUGGGAGAGCCAUCAGCCAGCAAUGAAACCUCAUACAUAUAAACCUCCACAGCAGAAAGCUUCCCCACGAAUGCCACGUAUGUGAGGUGCUUUCAGGGGCUGUGGUGCACAUUCUGAACUGUUGGUUGCCUUUGCCAGUGGCAGAAGCCAUCUUCCUUUUCCCUCUGGCAGAGUCCCACCGUGUGUGGCAGUUAGGCCAGCAUGCUCCGGCAGGCAGACCUCUGCUGUCUCCCCAGCCCAUGGAUGGAGGCAUGACUGGCCUUCGUGGCCUACAGAGGGUCUUAUUUUCACACCGUUGACUGGUUUAGACAUGGAAUAAAUCAGCACAUAAGAUGGGUUCUGCAGAUACUUGCAGAGAUUUACCUUCAUGGGUUUCUUGGUCUCAUUAUGGAUGUGUACAGUCUCCAGGUCACCCAUCCAUGGACUGCAUGCCCCGCAUACGCUCAUGUUUUGACAAUUAAAAAGUCCUUGUUCUUUGGGCCACCAUUGAUCUUGAAGGUUCUGUUCACUGUGUGGAGUGUGUUGAGGACACAGUUGUGUUCUGCCAGUAGGGAAAGAUAAACAGAUUUGAUGGGGAGUCCCAGUUUUCUGUGCCCCGGAAAGGACAGUAUGAUGGCACUGAAUAGCUGUCCACUUUUGGCCUAAUUUGCAUUGCUACCCAAAGCCUUCUAGGAAAGACGUCGAGCUCUGUAAGACAUACCGUGUGGUCUGCAUGCUAGUGUUACUUGUGGGUCCAUAAGUAAGUAUGAAGAGGGGCGGUCAUUGCCUUGUUCCCAUAGAAUCCUUCAUAUUCCCAAGCAUCAUUAAGAGGCAGUUGGCCUCUGGUACCUGCCGAGGAGCCUGAGUUCAGAAUUUAAUAGGCAGGUGUCGCUGGCUGGAUGACCUAUAGGAGCCAAGUGGAAACCAUCUUGGUACAGAAACACCAGGUGCGAAUAAUAAGUAGUUGGCGAGAUUACAACAGCCUAGAGGGACAUACCUGCUAAAGGGACCUGCCCAGAUACUCCCAUAUUAUGGCUGUGCAGGACGAGAGUGUACAAAAGUUGUCAGGACCUCCAGAGCUAUGUCGGGGUCACUUGCAGGAUGAUCGAAACAUUUUGUGGGAGUUCCCAUUGCGGCUCAGCAGGUUAAGAACCCAACUAGUAUCCAUGAGGAUACAGGUUUGAUCCCUGGACUCACUCAGUGGGUUAAGAAUCUGGCAUUGUUGGAGUUCCCAUUAUGGCUCAGUGGUUAAGGAAUCUGACUAGCAUCCAUGAGGACACAGGUUUGAUCCUUGGCCUUGGUCAGUGGGUUAAGGAUCUGGCGUUGCCAUGAGCUGGUGUAGGUCACAGACAUGGCUUAGAACUGGUGUUGCUGUGGCUGUGGCAUGGGCCGGCAGCUAUAGCUCCAAUUCGACCCCUAGCCAGGGAACCUCCAUGUGCCAUGGGUGCAGGCCUAAAAAGACAAAAAACAAAAACAAACCAAAAAAAGUAUCCGGAUCCAGCAUUGCUGUAAACCGCCAUGUAGGUCACAGAUGUGGCUCAGAUCUGGCGUUGUGUGGCUGUGGUAUGGGCUGGCAGCUGCAGCUCCAAUUUGACCCCUAGCCCAGGAAUUUCCAUUUGCCACAAGCGUGGCCCUAAAACCAAACAAACUAAAAAACACUUUGUGGAUUCCUUUAGACUCUAGAUGGUUCAGGUCAAGCCUGUUGCUGUGCAGGGAGGAAAAUGGGGGUUGAGAGAAUGGAGAUUUGUGGUCCCAGAGAUGUGAAUUUUGUGAUUUAUCCAGUGUUUUUGGUGACUCAUGUUUUGAGCACUUUGGUUGGUUACCCAUUUUUGCUGCCCUGUUUCCUAGGGCAUGAGGAGAGAGAGUGGAGUAAACACAGGGCUGCCUAUAGGAUUUAAUUGGUCCUUUCUGUUGUCUUAAGGUGGACUGUGUCAUUUGAGAACUCCCUUCUGUAGCCAUUUAUUCUGUAAUUUUCUCUGCAUCCCACAAAUUUUGAUAUAUUGUGCAUUUUUUUCAUGGAAGAUAGAAUUUGUUUAAAACUAGGCUGGAAAAGUUCUCGCUUUUUCUCUGGGGACUUGUGGCUUUGACACUUUGCUAAGAUAAGGACAGCAGGUCCACUGCUCUUCCACAGCAUCUCUGGGGUCAGGUACGUGGAAGUGUCCUGCAAUCGAAUACCACAAAUACAGCACACAACAGAGCCCAAGAGGUAGGCAAACGUGGAGCCAGGCACUUACCAGGUCAGUUUCUCAUGGAAGUCGAGGACGACGACAUCAGUAUCUCACUGUAGACUCAGCAAUCAAACUCAUUUCUCAGUGAGGCCAUCACUCACCCAGUCUGAGAAUAUAGCCCCUCCAGUUAGACUAGGGACAGAAUAUAAGAUGUUUAACAGGCACAGUGUAAGGAAGAGCGUGACUAUUCAACAAAAUACAACCAGUAACUGCAUCGUGAGAUAAUAACCACCCCUGCCUAUGUUUUCUGUCUUGCCCUGCAGUGCUGCACCCUCUGUCCACCCUCAGCCCCCACAGCUGGUGCUGAAUAUUGGAGAGGCUGCAUAAUGGGUCCUUUUUCCAGGAAGGGGCCUGGAUUAAUUACCUUAAUAGUCUUUUUUUUGUCUUUUUGUUUGUUUGUUUGUUUUUGCUUUUUAGGGCUGCACCCGAGGCAUAAGGAAGUUCCCGGGGUAGGAGUCAAAUCAGAGCUACAGCUGCUGGCCUUUGCCAUAGUCACAGCAAUGGGGAAUCCGAGCCGUGUCUGCGACCUACACCACAGCUCACAGCAAUUCCAGAUCCUUAACCCACUGAGUGAGGCCAGGGAUGAAGCCCACAUCUUCAUGGAUCCUAGUCGGGUUCAUUAACCACUGAGCCACAAAGGGGACUCCUAACUUAAUAGUCUUAGGUGGGGCCUUGUAGAAAACAAGUGAGAUCUAAAUUCCCUUUUUUUUUUGGUCUUAUGUCUUUGUGGCAUAUGGAGGUUCCCAGGCUAGGGGUCUAAUUGGAACUGUUGCUGCUGGCCUACGCCAGAGCCACAGCAGUGCCAGAUCUGAGCUGUGUCUGCGAGCUACACCACAGCUCACGGCAACACUGGAUCCUUAACCCACUGAGCGAGGCCAGGGAUCGAACCCCGCCACCUCAUGGUUCCUAGUCGGAUUCGUUUCCACUGUGCCACGACGGGAACUCCUAAAUUCCUUUCUAAUCCCAUCCCUACUGAGACAGCAAAGCCAAAUCACCAGGGAUUUACCUGCCAGUCUCGGGGCCACAUUUUAAUGUUCCCCUGGGGUUAGACCUUGUGGCAAGGGAAGAGUUACUGUCUUGUCCGAUAGCUGGCAGUGGUUGUUUGGUGGUCAACGGUUGAAGUCAGGUUGUGUUGACUUGGUGCCUCUGGGUCAACAUGGUGUGGGCACUGGGAUGGCAGCUCCUGGGAUGUGUCCGCUUGUUGAGAGCCUCAACUGUUGUUACGUAGGCCAGUCACCCUUUCAGUUAGCCGCAGCGGGAAUAUGAGACAUGUAGAAAUGCCAGUCUGUCAUUCUUACCAGCCCAUUCCUGAACUUCAUGGCUAGUAAAGUGGGUUCCCUUGUCGCUAGCAGUGCCCACAGGGGUCCUGUAUAUUGUACGCAGCUAUGCCACACCCUGAAGAGUGGUUUUCCUUGAUGCUCUUUGGCUCACCUAGGCCUUUUGUAAUGUCUUCCACUUGCCGAAAUUCGUCAUGGACGACGUAGAGCUGUUGGUCCAUCACCUGGUAUCAGCGCUCUGCCUGCCCCCUUCCAUAGCAGAGGCCAAAGGGUACUCCUCUUAUUCUGCCAUUGCCUCAGACCCCAACCAAACCCUUCCAGGUAACUGGCCACAUCUAACUCACAAGCCUGUCCCUGAGUUAAUACCCCUGAAACUGUGUCUGUAAUUGUUUAAGGAUGGUAUGUCAGGGGUAAGCUUGUUUUACCUGGCCAGGUACCACCCAAGUAUGGAUGGAUGGAUGGAUGGAUUUAUGGCUUUUCAGGGCCACACAUGUGGCCUAUGGAGGUUCCCAGGCUAGGGUUCUUAUCAGGGCUACAGUUGCCGGUCUAUACCACAGCCACAGCAACACCAGAUCUGAGCCAUGUCUGCAACAUACUCCACAGCGCACGGCAACGCCAGAUCCUUAACCCACUGAGUGAGGCCAGGGAUCAAACUCCCAACCUCAUGUCUCCUAGUAAAAUUCAUUUCCGCUGGGCCACAAUGGGAACUCCAAAACCCAAGUAUUUAAUAGAUAAUUCAGGUCCUUUCAUUUUAUCUGUGUUAACCAUCCAUCUCCAGGCAGUCAGAUGAGCCACAAGCAUGGGGCUGCUGCUUUUAAACUGAAAAGACACUUUGCAGAUAAUGAAAUAUCAUUAUUAUAAUGGAAAAGAAAAACAUCCCUUCUGGUAGUCAGCUGCCGCAGGGCCCCACGUGCUAGCUAGUGGAUGGCCGCGUCAGGAUUACUGCUGCCACUUUCUAUUCAUCCUUAUUUCUCAACAUUUCAGCACUGACAGGGCUUGGCCCAGCCUCCUGACUGGCUUGCCAUGUGUGGGGCUGUGCUCCAGAGGCCUGCCAGCCUCAUAGUUGCUCACCUUUGAGACUGAAAAAAGAGCCUAGAGAUUGUGACAGAGACAUCAAUGGUUUAUUGGGUAGGGGAUCUUACAGAUUUGAAGCAAAAGGUCCUGGAGCAACAACACCCCACAGUAUAGAGACAGCAGUCUUCACCCGCUGGGAGGAGGGAUUGAUGUCAGGUUGGCUCACCAGUUACCAGGGAAACCAGCAGCUGAAGUGGGGGCAGGCGCGUAGGCAGUUACUGAUUAAGCCUUAUAAUUGGAGUUCCCGUCGUGGCGCAGUGGUUAAUGAAUCCGACUAGGAACCAUGAGGUUGCGGGUUCGAUCCCUGCCCUUGCUCAGUGGGUUAACGAUCCGGCGUUGCCGUGAGCUGUGGUUUAGGUUGCAGACUCGACUCGGAUCCCGCGUUGCUGUGGCUCUGGCGUAGGCCGGUGGCUACAGCUCCGAUUCAACCCCUAGCCUGGGAACCUCCAUAUGCCGCGGGAGCGGCCCAAGAAAUAGCAACAAUGACAACAACAACAAAGACAAAAAAGACAAAAGACAAAAAAAAAAAAAAAAAAAAAAAAGCCUUAUAAUUAAGAGGACUGGAUAGCCUUGUGAAUGAAGCAGGGCCUGAUCAAUGUGGAUGUAGGGAGGGCAAGAGACCAGCUGUCUUUUUUGAUUUGGUUUUGUUGUUUAGGGCCACACCCGCAGCAUAUGGAAGGUCCUAGACUAGGGGUUAAAUCAGACGAGGGGUCAAAUUGAACCAGUGUCCCAGUGUUCCCAAGACACUGCCAAUCCUGUUGUGCCACAGAGGGAACUCCUCUUCCUUAGUUCUUUUUUUUCUGUUCUUUCAAGGGCUGCACCUGCAGCACAUGAAAGUUCCCAGGCUACACCGCAGCCACAGCAACAUGGGAUCUGAAUCACGCCUGCAACCUACACCACAGCUCAUCACAAUGCCAGAUCCUUAACUCACUGAGAGAGACCAGGGAUGGAACCCACAUCCUCAUAGAUCCUAGUUGAGUUUGUUGUCACUGAGCCACUAUGGGAACUCCCUGAAAUGUAUUUUUUCUCCUUAAAAUUAUCCUCAUUUCCACCAAAUACAGCCAAGUCACAACUAACUUGUUUGCAAGAUAAGUCUUGAUUUCAACAAACUUGGCUUGAUUAUACGUAAGUGUAUAAUUGCUAAUAUAAGCUCUUUUUUUACUGGCCAUGCCUAUGGCAUGCACAAGUUCCACAGCCAGGGAUCAAACUUGCUCCACAGUUGUAACCAGAGGCACUGCACUGACCAUGCCAAUCCUUAACCCACUGAGCCAAGUGGAAGCUCCAAUACACACUCUUAAAUUUGGCUUUGCUGAAACUUUUCAUAAAGAAUCUCAGAUUGGGAGUUCCCCUCAUGGUGCGGCGGAAACGAAUCUGACUAGGAACCAUGAGGUUGCAGGUUUGAUCCCUGGCCUCGCUCAGUGGGUUAUACUCCAAUUUAAUUAGAGUAUAGUUGAUUUACAAUGUUGUGCCCCAGUUGUUUUUCCCAGGGGCUUUACCUUCCAUAAAGUCCACCUUAGGUUUUUUGUUUUUUGUUUUUUGUUUUUUUGGCUGCCCCACUGUAUGUGGAGUUCUGGGGCCAGUUGCAGCAACACAGGAGCCUUAACCCACGGUGCCCAGCGGGGGAUUGAACCAAUGUCCCAGUGCUCCCAAGACACCUCCAAUCCUGUUGCACCACAGAGGGAACUCCUCUUCCUUAGUUCUUUUUUUUUUCUUUUCUUUAGAGGGCUGCACCCACAACAUAUGAAAGUUCCCAGGCUAGGGGUUGAAUCAGAGCUGCAGCUGCUGGCCCACACCAUAGCCACAGCAAUGCCAGAUCCAAGCCAUAUCUGAGACUUUCACUACAGCUCAUGGCAAUGCCGGAUCCUUAACCUACUGAGGGGUGCAACCCAUGUCCUCACAGAUCCUAGUUGGGUUUGUUACCACUGAGCCAUAAGUGCGUUCACGUGGUCUUAGGUUUCUGAGCCUCUAUGGUUGUCGAGGUGACAGGACCAAGAAUGUCUGAGAGUAGGCACUGUCCCUGGGGCACAGAGGCAGGUCUGAGAUUGGGCAAUGCUGCCCAGGUGCCCCACACUUGGCCUCCCAGACUAGAGACCACCAGGGUCUUGUCCCGCUCCUCUCCUGGCCUCGCUCUGCCCACAGAGUUCCAUGGUGGCCCAUCUGAGGGACAAGCCUCAGGAAAGUGCUCGUUUUCUGGGCCCUCACCACCCUCACCGUACCAGACACUAAAGACCCGAGUGCCAGGCACCUGAUGAAUGAUGAGGACAUUAAGACACUAGGAGGUUGAAUCCUGGUUCAAGAUUCCCACAGCUAGGCCUUCCCAUUGUGGCUUAGCAGGUUAAGGACAGGAUGUUGUCUCUGUGAGGGUGCAGGUUCCAUCCCUGGCCUCGCCCAGUGGGUUAAGGAUCCUACAUUGCCUCAAGCUGCCCCAAAGGUCAGGUCGCAUAUGCAGCUGGGAUCCUGUAUUGCCAUGGCUGUGGCAUAGAUUAGACCACAGCUGCAGCUUGCACUGGACCCUUAGUCUGGGAACUUCCAUGUGCUGCAGGUGCAGUGGUGAAAAGGAGAAAAAAAAAAAAUCCCACUGAGUGAGGCCAGGGAUUGAAACUACAUCCUCAUGGAUACUAGUCAGAUUCAUUUCUACUGAGCCACAAUGGGAACUCACAGAGCUGAUGCUAUUAUCCAUCCUGUUCACCUACCAGAAUUUUGUGGCAGUUUUGAUGGGAUCUGGGGUGUUUUGUUCAUCCUAAAGGACUCGUUCAGGGACACAUGGUCAUCUGAGGGUCACUAGACCUGAGGUGGGUGACAUUAGGGCUGGGCUUUGAAUGAGGUUAGGUGAACAGAGGAAGCUAAGACUGCUGAGGAGGAUACACCAAAUGCAGCCCGCAAGUGGAAGAGGGCCACGGGGAUCAGAUCAGUGGGGUUCUGUGUGCUUCAGUCUGAGGCAAGGAACAGUCAGGGAGGCCUUUGUAGGAGUACUUAGCACUGUCAGCACCAGUGGGAGCAACAAGAAAUCUGGUUAUUUUGGAUCUUAUUUGAAUUUGCCAGGCAUGCUCUGGUUGCUCUCUGCCAAGUUGUAGGGUAAGGCCUAACAUUAAGUGCCAUUAUUGUGUGCUGCAUUGACUGCUGGUGAAACAUAGAGGGCCUGAGAUAGCCUGAGGACAGUUAUCAUUCCCUUCCCCACACUGGGAAUAAGGUCUGAUAGCUAAACUUUUUUUUUUUUUUUUAAUACAAGCUCAUACAGCUUACACAAACUCAAACUUAUGCAACGGCAAAAAAACCAACAACCCAAUUGAAAAAUGGGCAAAAUACCUAAAUGGACAUUUCUCCAAAGAAGACAUACAGAUGGCCAACAGGCACAUGAAAAGAUGCUCAACAUCACUAGUUAUUAGAGAAAUGCAAAUCAAAACUACCAAGAGGUACCACCUCACACCUGUCAGAAUGGCCAUCAUUAAUAAGUCAAAAAAUAACAAAUGCUGGAGUUCCCGUCGUGGCGCAGUGGUUAACGAAUCCGACUAGGAACCAUGAGGUUGCGGGUUCGGUCCCUGCCCUUGCUCAGUGGGUUGGCGAUCCGGCGUUGCCGUGAGCUGUGGUGUAGGUUGCAGACGCGGCUCGGAUCCCGCGUUGCUGUGGCUCUGGCGUAGGCCGGUGGCUACAGCUCCGAUGAGACCCCUAGCCUGGGAACCUCCAUAUGCCGCGGGAGCGGCCCAAGAAAUAGCAACAAUAACAACAACAACAACAACAACAAAAA